CGAAGUAAAAAAGAACAGAGAAAAAGAAGAAAAUGUGGGUCCAAGUGCUGUUUGUAUGUGGUUGUACCUUGUUUAGCUGGAACCUGGCUGAAAACCAAGGAGCUUUCACUCAAAGGCAUGAUGACAAGGGGCAAUGCCAGUACAUCUUCACUGUGUCCAGUCCGGAGGGGUCUGGCAGCUGCCCAGGAGUUCUAAUGGAGAGAGAUCGGCUCCUGUCACGACUCACCCUUUUGGAAGCACUGGUUAGUAGGCUCGUGGGGGACACAAAUGGUCAGUCUAAUGGAGAAAGGGGUCUUCAGGAGGCCUACACCCAGGUUACAGGGGAAAGGGAUCAGCUGCAACAGGACAAGGAGAGGCUCACCAAGCAGAUCCAAGAGCUGCAGAGGAGACUGUCCAAGACCAGCCUGGAGGUGGAGAGUCUCAGGCUGAAGCCAUGUCAGCCCCACACAGGACACAGACCAAACACUGGUUCUGUAAAUAGUGUGAGCACAAAUGCAUACCAGGAGAUGAGGGCAGAGGUGACAGAGGUUCCUGCAUCUCAUCUUCUACCUGAGAGAAACCAAACAUUUAAUAAAGGUUGUGGAGAGCUUGUGACUGUUGGAGAGCCCAUAUCCCACAAAAAGGCAGAAAGUAUUACCGGAAAGUACGGUGUGUGGUUGCAGGAUCCAGAACCCCAAGGCACUCUUUAUUCCAACAAAACAGUGUGGCGCAUCGAUGCAGUGGGCAAAGACAUUCGCCAACUCUUUGCAUACGAAGAUAUGAACCAGUUCUCUCGUGGGUUCCCAAUGAAGGUCCUCAUGCUGCCUGAGCCUGUGGAGAGUACUGGGGCCACAGUUUACAGAGGAUCACUCUACUACCAGCGUAGGCAGAGCAGAACCAUCAUUCGCUAUGACCUGACAUCAGAGAGCUUGGUGAACCAACAGGAUUUGCCCAAUGCCAGCUUCCAUGGUCAGCACCCAUACUCCUGGGGGGGGCGCACUGACAUUGACCUGGCAGUGGAUGAGCAGGGUCUGUGGGCGAUCUACAGCACACAUGAAGCAAAAGGUGCCAUCAUGAUUUCAAAACUGGAUCCAGAGAGUUUGGAGGUGAGGCAGAGCUGGGAGACAAGCAUCAGGAAGAACACUGUAGCAAAUGCGUUCAUGAUGUGUGGGCGUCUGUACACUGUGGGCAGCUACACCGCACCAAAUACUACCAUCAAUUACAUGUUCGAUACAGCUACCAAUGUGGGGAAGGCUAUAGCUAUUCCUUUCAUAAACAAGUAUAGGUACAACAGCAUGGUAGACUACAACCAUGCACUGAGGAAACUGUUUGCCUGGGACAACUUCAAUAUGGUGACCUAUGACAUCAGGCUGCUGGAGAGAUCUGGCCAGACCACCAGCUAGGCGUCAGCAACACAUCUUAUGAACUUUAAUACAUAACCAAGUCUGCAUGGAUAUU